AUGCCCCCUGAAGAGGCAAAGAAAUUAAUCGAGGCAAACCGCGCGGCUUUCGCUCUUUUCGCUUUGGAAUCCCAUUUACUCCCUACCUCCUCCGCGGAAACGAAACGCGCACCGUACACGGUAUUAUUCGUACUGAGUAACGACACGGCCAAGAAGUGGAUCGUCCGGGUCCCUGCGCACAGAGAUCAGCAGCGAGGUUGGCACCCAAAAAGAGAAAACGGGAAACACCAGCGGCGAUCCGAGAUGAAUAGUGGGCAGGCCCUGUUUUUAGGCAAAGCCGUUUUCUCGCUGGUGAGUCCUUGUGUCCCCUUGUCAUUCGUUGGUUGCUGGUGUCCCGUUGACUUUGUCUUCCCGUCAAUGAAGAAAGUCACGAGGACGGUCUUUGUCGUGCCUUUCGAGAAUCAGGCUCGACAACCGUAA